AUGUCGCAAGAGGCAGGACAUCGAGAGCGAGCUCUCCAGGCGAAUGCCCCUUGUGCGACGGCCUGGCUGUCUGUUCCUAAUGUUGCCUCAGCCAUCAGCGCCUUCUGGCUGUGCGCCGUCGGCGGGCUGCUGCUGCUAGCAGCGGUGCCACGGGAAGGAUGGCGUGCCACGCUCAGAGACCCCAUCCUGCUCUUCUUCGAGCGAGGGGCCUCUCCGUCGUGUUGGUUUCGAGCCUUCGCAGCCAUGCUACGUUUCAUUCCGAUGUGUAUUUUCACAAAAAUAGCCAUAGUUUCAUAUUCGACCAUACUUCCUCGAAUCUCCCCUGGUGGCGGCCAGUGUGAGAAAGUGCCCUCCUGGCUGCAGCAGGGCUGCCAGGAGGGUCGGGUGUCGGGGUCGAGCUAUGCCCGAUGCCUGGAGGAAAGCCCAUGGUACAUCAGCGGAAAUUGCAACUUCAUAGCCGCGGGGCUUUCGGUGCAUGGGCUGGACUGGGUCUUGACCUCGGCCUAUACCAGUCUAUUUUUUGCUCCCCCGCUCGCCCAACUGGUCCUCUUUGUCGUCUACAUUGUGGAGGCUUGCGGGCGCUGCUGCCAAGGGGACAGUGGCAGCGCUAACACGGACGCUCCAAGAGGCAGAGGCCCCACUCAGCCCGAGCCUGAAAUGAUGCAGAUGCUCUCGGUCUUCAAAGACAUCUUCUUCGUCGCUGUGGACUUCGCUUUGGAUUUGAGCUGCAUGGUAACCUUCUUCUCGGCCGGGCACUACUACUUCGGCAGCGUCGCACUCGUGAUCUUCACCUGGUCACUAGGGCAGCAAGUGAGUGGCCAUCAAGGCUUCGGGUUUUGGAGCACGGAAGUCUCUGCCAGCAUUAAUGCCGGCAUGCUGAGCGAUGAGCUUGUCAAGAUCACCCGGACCGAGAAGUCCGUGGAGGCACCCUUGUCGUUGAUGCUUCAAACCUAUACGUUUAUAUACGUUUCCAUCUCAAGCCCAUUUGCUCUCAUCUCCUUUUCACUGUCGAUUUUAAUGAGCAUCUACACUAUUGCAGGUGCAGUCUACAGGCUGCUUUACCUAGAUAUGCUUGCAUGUCUUGGUGAGCCCGGGGAAGAGGGCGCAGGAUAUGCGUCCUCGGAUGGCGAGACAUCCGAAGAGUGA